CUGAAUUAAUGAGAUCCCUUAAAAACCUGCCAGGGGCUCUAUUUUAGCUGGAUUGCAUGGAAGUAAACAUGUCCCGCCUUUCAAGUUUAAUACGGUUUUAUUUUACUUUGGGUUUGAGACAUUGGGAGAUACUGCUGUCUUUAAGCAAUAUAAAUGGUAUUGUUAUUAGUGCAUCAACUUUGCGCAGGCACCUCAAGACUUUGCGCCUGUUCAGACGAAAAGAACAUUCUGAUCUGCUUGACAUUGCUGUGUUUCUCCAGGACCAGUUGAACCGAUAUGGUAUGCUUCACGGAUAUAAGAUGAUGCAUCUGAAAUGCAUUCAGGCUGGCUACGUGGUGACACAAGAGACAAUCAGGCAAUUGUUGAAAAUACUGGAUCCCCAUGGAGUGCAACUGAGGCGCCGGAAACGUCUUCGGCGACGUUUAUAUCAUAAUCCAGGCCCGAACUUUUUAUGGCAUGUUGAUUCAUAUGAUAAACUCAAACCAUAUGGGAUCUGCAUCAAUGGUGCAAUCGACGGGUUUUCAAGAAUGAUGAUAUGGCUACAUGCAUACUCUACAAGUAGUGAUCCCAAGGUCAUCGCUGGAUACUUUAUUGAUGCGGUGUCAUCAAGGAAUGGGACAGCCACUCGAAUUCGCUCAGACUUAGGGACAGAGAAUUGUUACAUGGAACAGAUGCAGAUGUUCUUGAGACAUGAUCAUACGGACUAUUCAAGAAAUUGCUAUUUGUAUGGCUCAAGCAAUCAUAACCAACGGAUAGAGCAUUGGUGGGGAUUUUUGAGGAAGCAGCAUGCACAGUUCUGGAUCAACCUAUUUCAAGAUCUAAAAGAUUCAGACGACUUCUCCGGUGACUUCCUAGACAAAAGUCUAAUACAGUUCACAUGUCUUGAAAUAAUAGAGAGAGAACUGCAGGAUGUUGUUCACCUCUGGAACACUCACAGAAUUCGCCCAUCCAGAAAUGCUGUGUCUCCAGGUGGACGUCCAGUGAUGAUGUACACCCUACCCCAACUUUUUGGUGGUAGGGAGUACCUUAAAGAGGCUUCCCAACAGAAGAUACAGGCUUGUAGGGAGGAAUGUCGGGAGAGAGGACCAUAUCCUUGUGAUAAUAUAGUGUUUGACAUUUGUUGCCUUGCCAUGGCAGAAAACAGUCUUCAUCCACCAACCUCUCCAGAGGAAGCCAUUGAUCUUUACAUGUUCUUACGUGCUUACAUACGUACCCAAAUUUAAAAAGUUGUUCUACUGGAUCAAAUGACUGAAUGUGAGCACCUUCUCAUAGCCAAAAGAAAAAAAACAGAUUUGCAGUUUGGACGGAAAAGGUUAUAUACCAUGACAUUCACUGUAAAUGUUUGACAGAAGUACUAUGUUUAAGCAAUCAAUAAUAAACUCUUUUAUAAUUGACAUCUCCCAACUGAGCUCCAUACCAUCUCUUUUUUUAUUCAUCAUUAUGUAAAAAGUACAUCUCAACCACAGAACUGGGAACAAUCCUGUACCUGCAAAUGAAAAGUAUCACAUGUUGCCAUUGUCAAAAAUGGCACAUUUGUCCUUAUGGUGGAACUAUUUCGGUGGUCUGACACACUUUGGGCUCAUAGUAAACAGGGC